AUGACUAAAGAGAAAGUUGAGAAUAUUAAGCUUUUUAAGGAUGGGGGAAUUUUAGGAGGUAGCUCGGAUGGUGCUUCUAAAGUCAUUGCGAUUUUCUGGAAUCUAAGGCGUGUUAGUGGGGUGCCUGUUAAGAAGGAUAGAAAUUUGGCCUUUGUUAGGUUUGAUCAUUUAAGGGAUGAGAAUAUAACUGUUAAAAUAAACUUCUCGUUUAGAUUUGAAAGGAUGUGGCUUGACCAUCCUAACCUUGAGAGGGCCAUUGACAAGUGGUGGACUAUUGAUGUCAAAGGUUCCAUGAUGUAUAGAAUGGUGAAAAAAUUAAGGUACCUGAAAGAUAAUAUAAAGAAAUGGAACAAGGAAUUUUUGGGGGAUCUUUUUGUUGCCAAGUCCAAAGCCCAACUUGAGCUAAAGGAAAUAAAGGAUAAAAUCCAAACCAGCGGAUAUAAUGAGGUGUCUAUCAAGAAGGAAAAUGAAGUGCUUGUUAAGUAUCACAAGAUUAUCAGAAGAGAAGAAGAAUUUUGGAAACAACGGUCUAGAUCUCUUUGGCUUAAAGCUGGGGACAAAAAUACCAAGUUCUUCCAUAUGACUUCUAUGAAACAUAAGGUUGCUAAUAGGAUCUCAAAGUUGAGAAUUGGUAGAAUUGAAACAAGGAAGGACAAUGAGAUUGGGAAUGAAGCCAGGAAUGUUUUCAAAUCUCUUCUCUUAGCAGAUUGUGGUCUGGAUCAUCUUUCUCAGAGGGCCCUCUUAGAGACAAUUCCUUCCAUCAUUAAUGAUGUUCAGAACAAGGCUAUGGUGGCCAUUCCCUCCGAGGAGGAAAUUAAGAAAGCGGUUUUCUCCUUUGAUGGCAAUAAAGCCUCAGAUCCGGAUGGGUUCCCGCUAUUAUUUUUUCAAGUCUUUUGGAAUAUUCUCAAAUCUGAUGUGGUUAAAGGAGUAGAAGAAUUUUUGGGGGCUAGGAUUAUCCUAAAGGAAUUCAAUGCUACUUUUAUGGUUUUGAUUCCCAAAUGUCUUGGGGCUAAUUCCAUGGAUCAGUUUCAUCUGAUAAGCUUAUGA